UCUCCUUAAUUCUAAGUACUAUUAAGCUUCAGGACUUCGCUCCAGACAUGCCUCCUUUCCUGGACUGGCUCCUCCUCUCCCAAUGUAUAACUAGAUUUCUCUCUGUAGCUGAGACAUGUACUUGGUGAGCAGCUGUGCACUCUGGAUCUCGUCAAGACCCAGAAUUAGGGGAAAGCACCCUGAACAAUACAAUGACAGAAGACAAGAAGUUUACUGGAACUUUGCUCUUGGCUGUCUUCACUGCGGUGUUGGGCUCCUUCCAGUAUGGAUACAACAUUGGAGUGAUCAAUGCCCCCCAGCAGGUAAUUGUAGCCCAUUACAGGAGUUUACUGUCUGUCUCCCUGGAUGAAAAGGAGCCUUACAACUCUACAGAUGUGUACACACCCACUCUGCAGCCAACAGUUGUUUAUGGAGAAAAAAAAAUUGACCCAGACCCAUCCACUCCCAUAGUCACCAUGUAUUGGUCCCUGUCUGUGUCCAUCUUUGCAGUUGGCGGAAUGAUCUCUUCGUUCUUUGGUGGAUGGCUAGGAGACAAACUAGGAAGAAUUAAAGGAAUGUUGGCUGCAAACAGUCUCUCAUUGAUUGGAUCUCUCUUGAUGGCAAUAGCUAAAUUUGGACCAUCUCACAUUCUUAUCAUCUCAGGUAGAUUCAUCUCAGGACUAUAUUGUGGUCUGGCUUCAGGAUUGGUUCCAAUGUAUGUUGGUGAAAUCUCUCCUACACCUCUCCGAGGUGCUCUGGGUACCUUGCACCAGCUGGCCAUUGUCACAGGGAUUCUCAUCAGUCAGGUCAUUGGACUUGACUUUAUCCUAGGCAAUGAUAACAUGUGGCCUGUACUUCUUGGCUUAUCUGCGGCACCCGCUGUCCUUCAAUGUUUGUUACUCUUCUUCUGUCCAGAGAGCCCCAGCUACCUUUACAUUAAGCUGGGAGAGGAGCGCAAAGCCAAAAUGAAUUUGAAAAGGCUCAGAGGCGUCUCUGACCCCACUAAGGACAUCAUGGAGAUGAAAAAAGAAAAAGAAGAAGCUGCCAGUGAGAAGAAAGUCUCCAUAAUUCAGCUUUUCACCAUGGCCAGCUACCGGCAGCCCAUCUUGGUAGCUCUGAUGCUGCACAUGGCUCAGCAGUUUUCUGGAAUCAAUGGAAUCUUUUAUUAUUCCACCAGUAUUUUCUACACCGCUGGCGUAGGACAACCUGUUUAUGCAACAAUUGGAGUUGGAGUGGUGAACACGGUCUUCACAGUUGUCUCUGUAUUCCUUGUGGAGAAAGCAGGGAGGCGUUCCUUAUUCCUGGUGGGCAUGGCAGGGAUGUUCGUAUGUUCCAUUGCUAUGACAGUGGGGCUCGUAUUGUUGGACCGAUUGAGCUGGAUGAGUUAUGUGAGCAUGGCAGCAAUCUUUCUCUUUGUGAGUUUCUUUGAAAUUGGGCCAGGACCAAUCCCCUGGUUCAUGGUGGCUGAAUUUUUCAGCCAGGGACCACGGCCUGCAGCUGUUGCUAUUGCUGCCUUCUGCAAUUGGACCUGCAAUUUCCUUGUGGCCUUGAGUUUCCAGUAUAUUGCGGAUUUUUGUGGACCUUACGUAUUUACCCUCUUUUCUGUGGUGCUCCUCGGCUUUACUCUGUUUAUAUUUUUUAAAGUUCCAGAAACCAAAGGAAAGUCUUUUGAAGAGAUUGCUGCAGAAUUCCGUAAGAAGAAGGGGCGCUCUCCUAAAGGACCCAAAGCUACAGUUGAACUUGAAUACCUUGGAGCCAAGGAGAAUGCAUAAAAGAACCCCCAGGCAGCAAGACAUGGACACAAAACUUAUUUUGUGUAGGACUCUUCUAAAGAGCUAGAUGUCAAAAUCCUGAAGAAUGAUUUUAUUUUUUUAGGAAAUAUGAAAAAUCCCAAGAGGGAUUUUGAGUGUUUCUAUUUACAGGACUCUGGUGAUGCAUAUUAGGGUGGCAGGCUAUUAGGUUCUAAUAUUCCUAUCUUCCCAUCUAAUAUUCUCUUCCCUGUUGUCUUCAAGACUCAGGUCGAAAAGACCAAGAAAAUAGCAGGAAAAAGAUACACAAGAUCUACUUCUGCUUACCAAACUAUUAGUUACUUAGGAAUAUUACCACAGUGUCACUACAUAUCUAAACCCACCACUAAUAUGUAUGCAUUUGGACAUGUAUAAAUUGGAACUUUCCCAUCCACAGCUCUUGUGCAAAACAGGAUCAAGCAAGUGGUAACAAGAUCCAUGUCACAACAGAGAAAUGGGACCUAUGUCUCACUUCUUUGAUUUCCCCCCUCCAAAGCUUUUCUUGCCAUUUUCAAUCUUCUUAUUGGUCUAAUAUUACUUUUUGUAUUUUCAUGUACAUUUUUCCAGUGUUUAUUAUAUAUUUUAACAUGCUUUUUUGGAGGAUAAAAGUCUAUUUUCUUAUCUGUUGGUUUAGAAAGGUGAAUCUAUCUUUAGGUGUUUAGCUCGGAUUUUGGACUUCCUUAUUUAAGGAAAAAGUUUUUGUUAGGCAGGUAUCGAAAAUGUUUUUCUUGACCAAGGUCAAAAGCAAUGAAUCAUGCUAUCUGCUCACAAACUACACCAAGUAAAACCAGGAGAACUUCCUAAAAAAACAUAACCUUUUAAAAAUAGGUUUUAAUUUGUCAAUAUACAUUGGACCUGUGGGCAGUGGUAUUGAACCACACUAAAGGGCCUAUUCAUUCUCCCAGUCUAAACAGUAAGAGAAAUAGUCAAGGGUCAAGGAGGAACCAAUUAAAAGAAACUGAGUCAGCUUAGCAGUAUUCAUGAAUAAAGGUAUAUUUCUAUAUACUG